GCGAGCCGUCCCAUCGUCCUGUGUGUUGCUUCAUCAUAUGGCCAGUAUGUCUGGCACCGUAGAAAAUGUCGAGGAGCACAUCUCACCUAAAACCUUUGACUCCGAUCCUGAAAAGACUCAACUCCAGAGCACCAACUAUGGGGAUCAAAUCUCGCCCGAGCUGCUCGAGGAGCUGGCACCCAAUGGCGAACGCGACUACAUACUCGAAAAGAUCAACAACAUGACCGAAGAAGAAGCCAUAGCCAUCCUCGAGGAAUCAGUCGAGUUCCACUCCGAUGACUGGAACUUCCCUCCGGAAAUGAGAGCGCGCAUGGUUCGGCUUCUGGAAGGUCCCAAGGCAUACGGCGACUUUUAUGACCGUGACUUGAGAAUCGAUGCCACCAUGCUAAGAUACUCGUCUCCUUAUCCAGGUGUUCGCGCUGUGGCCGAGCCAGUAGACAAUUCUGAUGUGCCCAUCGAGACCGUCCGCGCAUACUUUCUCGGAAUCGGCUGGGCUAUCAUUGGAACUUUCAUGUCGACAUUCUUCAACAGUCGAUUCCCCUCGAUCAGUUUGAGUGGUUCUGUGAUUCAAAUCCUGCUAUUUCCUUGUGCCAAGUUUCUCGAAUUCAUCCUCCCUGAUUGGGGCGUCACCGUCUUCGGAGUCCGUCACUCACUUAACCCCGGCCCAUGGACCUUCAAGGAGCAGAUGUUUGCCACCAUUACAUAUAACAUUGCUAUAUACACCACCAACAGCUACGGCAUGAUCCUUGUACAAAAGUCACCGGUUUUCUACGGCCAGGAAUUCGUCACAUUCGGCUAUCAGCUGAUGCUGACGCUCUUCGUCCAACUCAUGGGCAUGGGUUUUGCCGGAUACCUACGACGAUUCAGUGUGUACCCGGUCAAAGCCUUGUGGCCAACCGUCCUACCAACCAUUGCCAUGAAUCGAGCUCUGACUAGACCCGAACCCAAAGAAAAUAUCAAUGGCUGGACCAUCUCCCGAUACAGAUUUUUCUACGUCGUCACAGUGUGCAUGUUCUUCUACUACUGGUUCCCAGGAUACCUGUUCACAGCGCUCUCGACAUUCAAUUGGAUGACAUGGAUCUCGCCACAGAAUGUCACUCUGGCAAUUCUCACGGGCUCUUCUCUGGGACUGGGCUUGUUCAACCCAAUCACGACAUUUGACUGGAACAUCGCCACUUCUUCCUAUGCUGCUCUGUCUCAACCUUUCUUUGCCACCUGCACGAUGUGGUUUGGCAGUAUUCUGGGCGGUUUCAUCAUCUUGGGAAUCUAUUAUUCCAACAUGUACAACACGGCCUACCUCCCGAUCAACUCAUCGUCUGCUUUUGCAAAUGACGGGACAACGUACGAGGUCCAGAAGGUCGUUUUCAAUAACAGACUCAACGAAACGGCAUACCAAGAAUAUUCACCCCCCUUCUACUCAGCUGGCUACAUUCUGACAGUCGGCGCCAAUUUCGUUUUUUACCCUGUCUACUUCCUCUACAUCAUGAUCAACCAGUGGAGGACCGUAUCCACCGCCUACAUCGACUUCUACAAGGGUUUGCGUCACGGAAAAGGGAACUACGAAGGUGCUAUGGAUGUGCACAGCCGUCUCAUGUCCAAGUACAAGGAAGUUCCUGACUGGUGGUUCAUCCUAAUUCUGGUUGCGGCUGUGGUAGUCUCCGUCGUCUUUUUGAAGAUCUUCCCACUUGACACUCCAGUUUGGCUCACCUUUCUCAUGAUUGGCAUCAACCUCGUAUUUGCCGUCCCCCUCUCUUUCCUGUCCGCAACGACGGGUACCAACUUGGGACUAGGCGCAUUGAUCCAGGUUAUCACCGGCUUCAUCCUGCCCAACAACCCCAACGCCUUCUUGUACGCUCAAACACUGGGUUCCUGGGCUCUAGCAGGCUAUGGCGACAACUACGUCCAGGAUCAAAAGAUGGCCCAUUACUGCAAGAUCGCACCCCGAGCCGUCUUUCGCAGUCAAAUUGGCACCAUCAUCAUCACAUGUUUCGUGGCUGUUGGUGUCCAAGACUUCAUUUUGGAAAACGUCAAGGGACUAUGCACGCCAGACCAACCAAGCCGAUUCACCUGCGCAAAUGACGGUUUUCCACUUUACGCAAGCUCCCUGAUGUGGGGUCUUCUUGGUUCCAACCGAAUGUUCAACUCCCUGUAUCCCCUGUUCAAGUGGUGCUUCCUCAUCGGAUUCGGAAUAUCCGUCUUAUUCCUGGUUCCGCAGACCCUUGGUCCAAAGUACCUACCUGGUGCCAAGGAGAAUCUGCGGACUAAGCUCAGCCCUCGUACCUUCAGCAUGUUGGAUCGAACACUUUUCCCCUUCAUUGCUUCGCUGUUGUGGUUGAACCCAAUCCUCAUCAUCCAGGGGAUCCAACACUGGGCUCCAUCUAACUUGUCGUACAAGACACCUGGAAUGAUACUGUCGUUUAUCUUCAUGUACUGGCUCCCACGACAUCGUCUGGCCUGGUGGGUCAAGUACAAUUACGUUCUCUCAUCUGCCCUGACGGCUGGUGUCGCCAUCAGUGCUCUGAUCAUGUUCUUUGCCAUCGGUUACAACCCUGUGAGUCUGAAGUGGUGGGGCAAUACGGUUAGCUCUGCUGGAGUCGAUGGUUCUGGCGUUGGAAUUCUCCCAAUUCCUGACAGAGGAUACUUCGGCCCAGAAAAGGGGAGCUUUCCGUAUUAGAUGAUUCUAUGAUUCACUAAGCACGCAUGUUUGGGUACUCACACUUGGGUUUUUACAAAUACUAUGUUUCACCCAAAGUCCCGGGAUGUAUACUUUUGUUUGCAGUAGUUUAGUAAUUCAAAAGCAGCUAAUGCCGAUUUUUAUUAG